AUGCCGAUGACGGCAGUCAAUCUAUUCCUGCACCUCGCACUAUGCCACACCGUCCGAGUAGAACGUGACGUGGAUAAGUUUGACACUGAUAUCAAACCGAAGAAAAAGAAGAAGAAAAAGCUUCGGAUACAUCUUGAUAUGCGAAAGAAGGUCGCACCGAAGAGGGCGGCUAGCGUGUUUCGCCGUGCCUCCGCAAUGCAAGCGGCCGCAGCCGCUUUUAACAGCAUCCGUCGGGGGGACACUAUCAAUAGUGACGAAUAUGAUUAUCAAGUGCGUUUUCAUCUAUUUACAAGUAAUUUAGCCCUCCGAUAGGACACACUGCUGAUGUUUUCUCAUUUACAAUAUAUAUUACAUGCGGCGCAUGGAGAGGCUCAAACUUAGUAUUAGUUUUUCACUAAACUUUCGAAGUAUGGUGGCCUAACAAAAAAAUCAAAGUAGUCCAACUAUUGUAGCGGACAGACCGCGCUUGCGCUUAUGGACUGCUUACACUUUACACCUAUUGCCUACCUUUACACUCGUAACCUUGUCUUCAAGGGGGCAGAUUCUUAAGUUAAACGAGUGUCAGCUGACUUCGGGAAAAUGCUAUUUUGGAAAGUGCUAUUUAAAUCUUAUCAGUUUUGAUUUGCAGUAAACUUAUCUUCAACGCACUGAAGUACAGCACUGGCAGUCAUUACCCCUUUUGAUCGCCACGCAUUGUAAGAAACAAAUACCAGUCGUUUGUGCGGCAUCCCGCCCUUCAUGACGCCUGCCGGUUGUGCUUAUGUGAUGCCGUCUGCGUCUAAGAAGCUGUUAACUAUCCACUACGCCUCUACUGAAGCGAAACGAAGAAAGACAUUUGUUCGCAACCAUACUGAUUUGAUGUCACCUGUCUGUGUUCACUUGUCCUUAAGAGAACAAGUAUGCCCCUUUAAUUCCGCAAAUUCCGUGUCGAGAACAAAAGCCGGCCCCGGAUCUUCACAUUAACCAUCUGAUGUGCUUAAGUUAAUAACUUGGAACUCAUGAACAUCUGCUUGUCUACUUUCAAGCCAUUUUAGCAACUUGUCGACGUCUAUUUUAAGCGUGUCAUCUAUCGGCAAAUAAGAAAACGAUAACGCCCAGACUGUUAAUUGAUUUUGGGUCUAAGAAUUUCGGUUUCCCGAACGCUAAAUUGUACAUUGGCCACCACAGGUAAUAUUCCGUUCUUUCAUAGUAAACGACAAACUACCUUAAAUUCUCGUUACAUGGACUUCCUUGUUUUUUUGUAAAACAUCAUUGCAAUCCUUAAGUCUUCCCAUCUGCCAACCCACAGUUACAGGUUAUUUUAAUCCUUCUUUCCAAAAUUAUAUUUUUGCAGGCAUCUUCGCCUGAUGAGAAGGCCUUUGUUGAGAGCUGUCGUGACUUCGGCGUGGUAUACCACGGCGUUGACAAGACUGGCUUUUUGGUAGGUGCCUUCACUUGCUCCUUGUUUCAUGCCUUGUGCCCGUCUUUAACAAUAACACACCGCUUCGAAUCCCGCACACUCAUUCGCAUCCUUCCCCACCAUGCCAGUGCCAACUCACUCCACCCCAAGAGACGAACUCUGGUAGUCUUUUUGGGGGGUGGACGACAAACUGUCUUUACCUAGCAUCAGGUUCAGUGGAAGCGCUUAGCACGGGGAAGAGGUGGCACAUUGCUUGAAAGUGGACGAGUGCUGAACGAGCAGCUGUUGUCGUGGCGACUAAAGUAAACAAAACGGUGGCUUCCCGUUCACACAGUAGGUAAAGGGCGGUGCCUAAGGCAGGAUUAGACUGGUCGCUUGCCACCUCUUGUCCUAAGCACCAUAAAACAGGCCGCCCGUGUAGACCAGACAGCGGGAAAAUUCAGGACUGUCGCCAUUCGUUGUUGGCAGCCAGAACUGCAUUGUACACUUUCCACCGCCUAUUUUACUCUUAGUACGUACAAGUGGGUGCCCCCCUAUCGUUUCUGGGUUCUGUGCUGUGAUUUCGUGUCUCUGUUGUCUUGCUGUUAUGACUCGACAUUUAAUUACUUAGGUUACUCGGUCGGCCUCCAAAAUGCAGGGAAUAGAUUCACUUUAGAGCAUUUGUUCCGCUAUUCUCAUUUUUGAGGUCUAUACUAAAUGAUUUGAAGUAUCUUUUCGAGAAUAAAAUAGAUUUCUGAGUUGCUUUCGGGACCCUCACUAACUGUCUUUACAGGUAAACUGUCCCUGCUCUAAUUGUUGAGGCGAACAGAAAGGGUGAUCGUUUUUUGUAUUACGCGUUGCAAUAAUUAUUGCGAUGAACGUGUCCGAGGUUGUCAUUGCAUCUCGGCAAGUUGUCAUAGUAGAGACAAGUAAUAUCUAAUAAUUUGCACAGCUGGCAUGUGAUGCCGCGACAGCUCAAUCUUUGGUAGCGGUCCGGUUUAGUAAAACAACAGUUCAACCCAGUAGCACAGCAAACCCCAUUCUAUAAAUGCCACAUUCGCUAAAAUAUGUUCUUGGCCCUCAUAUUUUGCCAUUUUGCUUCGCUCUGAUGCCACGGAACGUAACGCCCAGCUGUGUUGACGACCUUUCGGCCCAACAAGCUUAAUACUGGUCCAGUACACUGGCCUCUAAUUUAUGUCAAACCGCUGGAGCCAAGGCCUUCUCUCUACUAAGUUCACCGACUUAUCUUCACUCCGUUUCCAGGCCUUAGGUAUUUUUACUUAGAGGGCUGAAUGAGCAGGUCUCCAGCAGGUUUCCCCAUCUGUCAGGUCUAAGCCAGAUGCCACGUUCUUUUCCUCUGACAUAGUCCUUCAGCAGGACGAAGUGCACUACACUGCCAAAAGUGCCAACGCAUAUGUGGUAUCUCUGAGAGUUCUGACCUCAACGUGAGCCGAGCCGAUUCGUCGAAGGAGCAAAGGUCACGGUCAGCCAGCCAUGCUGUGAUGUACAACGUCUAUGCCUUUUUUGAUAGUGCGGCACAUAACAACGCACUGGAGACGAGCAUUCGCUCUCAUCGGCAACUGCCACUUCAUCUUUACUUGGCGGCUCUAAGAUGACGGGGAGUUGACGCCCGGCCUAUUCGGGGGCGUCCCGAAUUUCUACUUCGAUGUAAAAUAUUUGAAGAAGUCAUAAAAGCAGGCAAUUGUUUUCCAGACGCCGAAUUUACUUGUGCGGCUGGGACAAGAGAAUCUGGAGCGCCAAUAACCACCAGAAGUAGCUUGACGAGUACCAAACAAAGCCGACACCUCAUGAGUCAGCCCAUCAUGUGUGCGCGUGUGUGUGUGGUCCUGUAGACAUAAAACAGACGUCCCGCGAUCUAAAACUUGUUCCUUAACGAGUACAUGCAGCUCCUUAAUCUGUGUUAAAUUCUGAAGAGACAAGAAUUAAAACUACUCUCUAUCCAUAGAUAAGUUUGGGGUUAGGGGUCGCAUCAGUGAGCGAACGGUUGCUGAUCAGAAUUAGAAGAAAAAAGGGACAUCUGCGUGAAUCAAAAAGCUGACCGUCUAACCUCUUUCCAAAGAGAAUAACCUAUUUAAUGUUGGCUGGUUUAAGUUUAGAGAUCUGGCCGUCAUCAAUGUCUCAAAUGUUUCCUUUUUAGCAUUAUAAUUGUGAAAAAUUGACUCUUUUUGUGUUCAUGUGCAUUUAUACCUUGUACUCUCACUUGCACGGAGUUUAUGCUGUACCUGCCGCACCAAUCCAUGGUAUGAAAGUACUUAAUCGACACCGUAGUUAAUCCGAAAAGAUUGCUUUUUAUCAUUAACACAUAACCUUCCUUUUGUGGCUCCAUUUUUAUUUACAAGAGUGUUCUGAAGAAGAUUUAACUUCCCCCAAUUAGAGUGCAUAUGCUCUUCUUUUAGCUGCUGCUUAGGGAAUUGAUAUUGAAUACGACAGGCGGUGUUACUCGAAGCUUAGUGUGCAUACAUAUACCUGAUUACGCGCUGAAGUUUUGGAAACGGAAGUAGGCUGAGAGUGAAACCAAUUAGAUUAAGCGCUAGAGUUUACUGAAACAGCGCAGUGGUAGGGGCCUGGGAACUUCCCACGAAAAAAAAACAGCAGCAAAAUCAUGAACUUCAGGAGAUGUUAAUUUUUUUCUCACAGAAAUGUAGGAGUGAACAAAGAAGCUUUACAGGAAUAGCAAGGUGGCAUACAGAGUAACUUUCAUCAUAAAAAUGGUUCGCUAAAAGACGGAAACUCCCUCGGUAAAGGCGGAAGUACUUCGUCACCAAAUUACUAAACAUGUGAUCUGGCUUGAAGUUAUACCACUACUAGUAAGUCAUUGACAAGUCUAAAAUGUGUCUGCUCGCAUCGUAACCUCACGCGGGUUCUCUUCAGUGAAGAAAGUUACCUCACUUUAGAACGGUUUUCCCCUGAAUCACUUUUUGCUAUCCGUGAAUUUCGCUGGCACAGUUGUAAGAACCUGGGCAAUCUCGAUGAGAUUUGAACCCACGAAAACAAAGACACGGCCUCAGUACAACCAAUGCUCUAACCACCUGAGCUACGAGGUUCCCGUCGAGACUCCGGGGCAGUCAGCUCACCAAAUCCUAAUUUGUGGACCCCAUACGUCGCAGCAGAUUGCGCAGGUAGUUUAGCCCAAUUGUGAAUAAAUUCAGGGCUCUCCGUUGGGCCUUAUGACUCAAGUGGUUAAAGCCUUGGCCGUACUCAACCUCUGUCUCUUGCUGUCAUGGGUCCGACUCCCACUGACGCCGUCAAAAUUUUUAAAACAGAGUUAAUGGAAUUAGUAUGGUACUACCGACCAAGACAAGGGAGACUGGAAUGGCCGUUUCUGGCUUAUUAGCCGUCGUCAGCCAGUCAUGACGACAGCUGGCUGACGACGGUUUAUAAGCCAGAAAUGGCCAUUCCAGUGCCCCUUGUCUUUGUCGGUAGUACCAUACUGCCUAUAUUAUGCGCCGCUGUCUGCCUGCUGGUUGGGCUCGAGAGAAAGCCCGUAAGGCACAACGGAACGAGUGAGUUCCGUAAGAACGAUCGGUGAGUGCCCCUCUACCAUUGUAUAUUCCCGAUCGAAAAGGGACAGGGCAACGGGCUCGUGGCCCAGUGGUUAGAGGCGUGGACUUCUAACUAACAGGUCGCGAGUCCGAGCCUCGGGUGAUCCAUACUUGGAGCUUGGGUAUGACCGGCUGACGACGGCCAAUAAGCCAGAAAUGGCCAUUCCAGUCUCUCUUGUCUUUGUCGGUAAUGCCACACUGCCUAUAUCAUGCGCCGCUGCUGGUUUGGCCCGAGAGAAAGUCCGUGAUGCACAACGGAACGAGUCCGUAAGAACGAUCGGUGAGCGCCCACUAACACUGUUAAUGGAAUUGUUUAAAUCUGCCAAAUCCCCUUACUGUUAAUUAUCAUUAUGUCGGUCAUUGGGGGAUUGAACAACAUAUCUACUGGUGUUUAUGCUUUCGCCGGACCUCUACUGUUGCCUCUUUUGUUUCAGGUUGUCACGGUUCAGAACAGAACUGCAUUGCGCUAUCGCCUGCUUGACGUGCUCGACUUCGACUCCGAUCGCAAGUGCAUGUCCGUCGUGAUUCAGCCUGUUCCGAAUACUGACGACGAAAGUACAGACUUCGACCCCAACGCGCCCGUCUUGGUGCUUUGCAAAGGUGCCGAAACAAGUAUGAUCCCUAGGGUACGCUUUCUUUUGAUUUCUCUAUUUUAAAUUUUGGCAUGGCCUCUGGCCAGACUUCGACUUGGUAUUAUGUCCAGGAUGCGUAGUAUUCCCUGAACCACUAUUCUCAUUAAUUAAGCUUCCAUCUAGACGACAAAAUUCCCUUAGACCGGUAAACAAUGCAUUUGGACAUGACGCAGUCUCAUAUUAUCGCUCGCGCCAUGAUUCCCCUCUCUUUUUUGAUAUUCUUCCUGCGGCUUUCUGUCUGUAUAAAACAACGCCCUUAAACAAUGCGCGCUUUGGGUUGUUUCUUAAUGCCUGCAUGAUGUUUGUUUUUUUCAUGCGGCACUAGGUGAAAAUCAUUGUGUCUGAUAGUCUCCUUGUCGGCAGCGUCCGUCUCCCAGGAUUUGACGUUUGCGGACAAGAGUCGUCUGAAGUGCGCGUUUUUGCAAACGAGUCCCCCCUUUUCUCGUGUUCCGAAGUGUUCCGAAGCUUAUUCGUUUUACUGUGAGGAGUAAGAGGCAUUCCAACGAUUAUAAAAUAUUUGGAAUGUUUAACGAUAUUAGAAAACAAGACAGGGAGUUUGCAAUAGCCGUUUCUAGUUCCUUAUUUCCUGUCACCCAGUAUUGCCCCAUUAGAACGCAUUGGCACACCCGAGGUUUGAACUAAAGCCAGCCGAUCAUUGGCCGAGACAGAGAAUGAUGUGAACCGAUCUAUCCUGAUAUCAGGACGAAAUAUGAAAGAUUCUACGGUGCCUUGGAGCUGGAGGUCAAAUUCAGCAAACUAGCAAUAAAUGAUGGAGGGACCAGACCGUCAAAGACAGCAGAAUUGGAAUGACCAUCUCUGACAUGCUAAACAUCAUCCACCAGUGACAACUCAGCCCUACGCCUCCCUGUACAGGGGGUUUUAACCCGCAUCAGUUAUUUAUCGAACAGAGUUCACAUAACAAGACGGCGAACUCCUGUCAUAUCGACGGCGCUAUACCCGAAACAAUUGGGAUACGUGACAAGCAGGAUAAAGCACAAUACUGAUGCCCUUCUGUGCUUGCAUAUGCACAAACCCUAUUCAACUUAGAUAUAAAUGGCAACAGCAAUUACGUUAGGGAAACUGGAGGACCACUCUGGACGCGGACGACCGAACACGCAACAGCGACGAAGCGGGAUGAGAUCAGCUCCCAAGUUGCGACCCAUUUGGUUGGACCCAGCUACACCUUCGAGUUCGAUGUGACCGAAAUGUUCAAAAGAAGGGACAACCGCAUCAGCCGCCAGCUGCAUGACUUCCGCUUUUCCGACCCCCAGUCUGUUAACAGGCCUCUGCCAAAUCGGUGCUGGGGAGUUAUCUGGACAGAGUGGGCAAGCAGCCCGCGGUACGCGCGAGCGAAAGCUGCGUCCAUGUAACGGUGAUUGUGAACCAAAUUGCGGAACACUCGCCUCACCAAUAACCAACGCAUAUGAUAAAGUUACGAAAAUUAGUAGCUGGUCUGCGGGCAAUGGAGUAAUUGUCACACUAAGCGCAACCAUCUUCGCAGGUAUGCAACCUGUUUCUAGCGACGUUUCCAAGUGGGCGAUUAAAAGUCGUUUCGGCAAUACAGUCUCGUCCUCCGAAACAGCAAGUAAAGUUGCCAGAGCUGUCUGUGAUGAGAAGCAUGGGACAGGCGCUUCGUGUAUCUGCUAUCUGUCCAACUACACACCCGUCCGAUCGUUUCCGCACUCCAACUUUCGUUAUAGCCUCUUCUGAAAGCGAAAACUAAGGCACCCAAUUGUUCACUUACGAAACGGCUGGUGAACGCCGACCCAGGUGGCGACGCCAUUUGCUGGCGCGCCCAAGUGCAGGCUCACGUCUUGGUACGCCUAGGUGCAGAUCUACGCCACGCCAGCCACUUGCCCACUCCUACGCCUUCGGUCUUCCUGACCUCUAUCUUGACACCGGACCCAGAUGGGGGAAGGAGGGCGAAUGCGUUAGGUGCAACGUAAGUCUGUUAUCACUUUAAACUAAUUCAUGUGCAAGUCACCGUCUCUGCCCUCUCAGCCUGCUGGCGGAAGCACACAGUGAAAACCGUCAGUCGCGGUGAUCGUAAGACCUAACGGCUGCAUUUAAGGCUCUAUUUGGGGUGGCGGCUGGGCGACGUGGUAAGCAGAAGCCGCGGCAAUACGGUGGUGAAAACCAGAGCUCUGAAAACAGUUGGGUCAUGUGAUUCACAGUGCACUGUCGCGGUAAGAGACCUUGGGAGAAAUAAGCCUAUUCCACCUCCUCUCCCGCUCCCUACCCCCCCUCCCUCCGCACAACCGACUAAUGCCCCAUGUUAUGCGGCCGUAGUCGCAUUUGACUUAGUUUCGCCGCAGCCAGAACUUGCCCCCUCCCCCUCCCUACUACACGACUCAGUCCCCACCUCUUCUCGCACCUUUCCCGCCCGCAUGUGUACUUAAUAUUGUCCGUUUUUAUUUACCUUUAACAUUCGGCCGUCGUAAGCCGUCUUCUUAUCGACCCGCUAAUCUUAUGAACGCGCACUGACCGUGAGCAGUGAAGUACGAGGUCACGAAAUGUCUACUAUGUCUCGUUGGGCGCUCUAUCGACUGAACAGUACUGGCCAAGGCCGACAACUAUACGGGCAAAUUGAUGAGAGCUUGGUGAGGGGGUCACCGUCUGCGUGCGAAGUACAUGUACCACAUAAAUCCAACAGCAUCCCCGCCCUGGACAAAGUCGGCUUUCAAUGCUUUCACAAAAGGCCAUCAUCCAUUUGCUGAGGCAGUGAAGGUCAUCUUUAUAGUCCCAUUUGACCAUUUCGUCCUCCACCUCUCUCUACGGAGCUCUUCCUUCUCCUACAGAGGACUAACACAUUGUUUCAACUGUGGACUAGCGGAUGGCUGAUGUGGAAAUUUUGAUUCUGACAAUUUUUGACUAUCAUUCUCAAAAAAACUCCGGCGCCUUUCCGCGACUAACAGCCAGCCGCCCAAAGACCACUGUACUAAGCACAGCAAAAUAAUAGAAAAUCAAAAGCCGAUAGAACAAGAGUUCUGAGAAGAACUUUCCACAACGAACACAGGUCCGACCAAGUUAAAGCACGCGGGAAGAGAGUGCAGGGUCGUUGAUAGUGCUGGCCAAAGUUGAGGCAGGUGGCGGAGAACUGAGCAAUCUCCAGGUCCGCUUUCGUCUUUCGUGAAGUUCACAUUCUACAACUGAGAUGUCGGAGAGCUGUUUGGGACAUGGCAAAUAAGUGGGACAAGUAACUUUUGUCAAACCCCUUAAUCAACGAGACCGUGGAGCAAAUAGCCGGCGGGAUGGAAAUACUAGCAGUAACAAGUGGACCGAAGUUACAGAGUUGGAUCUCUACUGUCGUUGUCUCUUGUCCACUUACAGCAUGCUGCUAAUCGAAGGACUACAGUUUCACUUUUCGGGCUGGCCUCAGGGUCCAGGAUGAAUCAGUAUGGCUACUGCACUUUACUACUACGAGGCGAGAUACAAAAACCGCUUCCAGUGAUUUCGUAGUAGUAAAGAAUAUGUUACAGAAAAUUUCAAAUAUGGGAUAGGUAGAAAAAUCAAGGGUAAAAGGAAGAUAGAAUGCAGAUGUACCAGCAGAGGCCUGGGAGUGCUUUAAUCCUCCGAGGAUGGUUUAUUUCCCCUGCGAAGCAGAGAAACCACUCUCGAUCUGUAGGAUAUAGUUCAGACAUGUUGCAUUAAACGGAAACAGUUGACGCAGUAGUACAAGGAGAGACUAGCUUGUUAAAGAUCUGAUUUGACUUCACUUGGAACUUGCUCCAAUGACAGGACGUCGAGGCGCUACAUUGUCCGGCCGAAGAUGCAGCAAUCGCCCUAGGCUCUGUCGGAUCCACAGUUACGAAUUGUACCAGAGGCACAAAACCAAGACUCCUGGAGGUUCUCCAGUGCACCUCUUUAAAGAUGACCGGAAUCAUCCACCGUAUGGAAUUACCUGCCAGAACUGAGCAGUGAUACAUCAACUUCAAUUGCUGUCAGCCCAGACGACAUAAUGACUUAGUAAUCUGUAAUUUGUACUGGUUUUGUUGCUUCCCUGUAAAAUUGCUAGGAAGGGAGGAAUCUUUCACAGAAGACCGAAGACACAGCCGAGAUGUUUUGCCUCUUUCAUCUUGCAUUUCUUCUUAGAAGCAGGAUUUCUGACGAAUAAAAAGACUGCUUGCUAGCCGAAUUACAGCGUUAUUUGACAGCUCUACACAAUAACUAGCUCUGUACUCUGCCAGAAGCAGCUAACCUACCGCUAUGGAUUUAGAGUGAUGUUUCUUCAAAAAGGUUUUCUUCGAAGCGUCCACCGGAGCAUAGGAAGGAGGAGACAGUAUGACCUUUGCCUGCUUACAUAUCAUUAGCUGUUCUGAGCUUCAGCCAGUCUUACGCGCAAUACGCAAGUUGUGUACGCUAGCCUGUCAUUGUCCGCAUUAAAUGCAAUCAAUACGGUUACCUGUGGUAUUAGCAUCAUCGUUUCUGGAGCCAGUACUGUUACUAUUAUUACUCCUUCUUCUAUAAAUUAUUCACCAUCAUUUGAGACUUUUUAACCCUCACAUCUGUUGGAUACACUCUCAUCGACGCUUCCCAUAUGUCUUUAUGUAGACCGAACCCUGCUCAAACCGCUUCGUAUGCGCUAGUCUGCUAAUCAAACAGUGGCUCCGAUCGAUUGCUAUGCCAGCCAGAACAGGGGGUGUUUGGAGCGAAAUAUGCCAUAUUAGUCAUGCUGUAGUUUACAUGCAGUGCUUCACACUUCUACCUGUCUGCAGGUCGUCGCCUUGGCGAUAAGACCGUCAGUCAUUCUAUUCCGGCGUCCUUUAAAGGGGGGCUGAAUGGAUAAAAAGGGGCAGCCAAGGCUCGCGGCUGUUGGUAGCUUUCACCCCCUGUUCGCGAUUGAGCGGACCAAGGCCACCUCGGUCGCGUCCCCGUUUGUAGGCUUUCACUGCUGCUUCUUACAAAGGCACCCAUAAAAACACCUCGUCAGGGCUGCACGUCUGCGGUGCGGUGACUUUUUAUCUCCGCCCUAUGCCCUCGACAAUUCUAGAGAACUGUGCUAGAAGUCGUAUGCCGAGUAAACUACUUGCUUUUCGUUUGAAAUACCGCGCAUGUUUUGCACGCAUCCUCUCUCUCUCUCUCUGUGUUUUGCGCUAAGUAGAAAUUAAAAACAUCGAACAUGCAGGAUGUCUAAUUUUUUCGGACUGCACGGAGUAGCAGGCUGGUCCCGUCCAUUCAGACGGUGUCGGAGAACGCGUUUAACUCUUGUAAAUAUCCUUGAUUGGCCGUCGGUGCGGGGAAAAUUGAAGUGAGAUAAGCAUUGAAAAUGCAGGGCAAGAUGUGGUUACGCAGCCGCACCUGAUGGACACAAUACUGUUAGGGUUAGGGGCUAGAGUUAGGGGUUAGGGUAACUAUUCCUCAACCACUCAAAGUACAAGCGCGCCUUCAUAAUUGCUUUUCUUUUGCAUACAAUUACUUGACUUCGUCGCCUGUUCGUUACCCGCCCCCCCCCCCAAUACCACCGGUCCCGUAUUACAGGCGGCUGGGGUUUAUUUGCCUCAGGCGCGGCUACAUAACCACACCUGACCCCCACGCCCUCUGCACAACAUGCUACCUUAAACGAUCCCUCUGAAUAGGAACACAGACGUUGGAAGUGGUGUACGUAGGGCUAAUAUUUACAGCUAUUAUCAGGCUGCCUAACCCGUGGGUGUUACUGUGCUGGUUCGUUGAAUUAGGUGUCUCAUAUUGGAUCUCGCUUUCCUCGGAAACCCGUUGGUUGCUAGGGGUACGGGCAGACAUCCUGUUUUUGUGUCCUGCUCUCAGACCUCGUGCUAUCUAACAUGCCACAGAUCUGUCAUUCUCUGCCAUUGGGGUCACAUGCCCACAGCUUGAAUACGCACGAGACCACACAACGACUCCUCUGCCUCACAUCAGCACAUCGGUGGUCCGUUUUUCGCAAACGUCUCACGGGACACGUUUCCUUAGCGCCUUAACACAGUCGCAGGGUGAACUCUCUUAGAAGGCGGAUAGUCGCGUGGCGACUAGCAGUCAGUGGUCGGGGAAGUUUUUAUCGAUAAAAACAGGGGCACCGCGGUGGCCGUUUCUGGCUUCUUUGAUGUAACCUGCCAGUGGUGUCAAUUCGCCAGGCGGUAAGGGUCAAGCAUGUGCGCGGGGUAAGGGAAGGUCACGAAGAGUUGUUGUUCGGUGGAGGUUUCGUCGGCAGGAUGAUAUUCGCUGGCCUGCACCGCUCUGAAUAGUCGGCACUGCUGAAAUUCUUACACCGGUCAAUUGUUCUGCACACCCCACACGUAAUUCUUUAGUAAGAAGGAAGCCUUUUUUAAAAAGAAAGUCCGGUACGGAAAGCUGUCAGGUAGAAAUAAAUACUCGGAGUACAGUUAGCUGAAAUACAUCCGUCUGCCAGUAAAGCAGGAGUUUUAAAACGCUGGCGAAUUUGGUAAUUAACAGUCAGCACUAUCUUACCCCGCGCAUAUACUUAAUCCUUGCCAGCCAGGCCAUCUGUUAUUCGGGAAGCGCGACGGAAUUACGGUUCGUUUGGUGAGAUGCAGCAUUAGAGGUUGAUGAGCAUUAAGUUGCAGAGAGGCUAGUGAUGAUCGACACAGGAUAAACAGCAUGUGAGAUUAGUAAGAUCUGUGAGUGCUAAGCAUUACGCCGCGCAAGACCGGCUAUAACGGGUCAAACAGAUUAGUGUGUUGAAGAGUAUGGAGAAAUGUUUGUCAUGCAGACGCAAGCUCGUCGAUAAGUUUGUGAGAGGCAGGAUAUUUAGCGGGGAUUCAUAAUGUACAGUGAGUGACCGAUCUCAUGAAAUGUUGGCUGAAAUUCUGAAAUGCGUUUUCGAUUAGGAAGGAUUACUUGGUCGCGGUUGUAAUACGAAUUAUCUUAAGGCAUACUCUUAUAACACUUCGGACUCGGCAGGAUGUCGGCUUUUAAAUGCACUUCUUGUCAAUCUGCUGCAGAAAGCGUACUCGGUAAAAAAUGACUACUUAAGUAGCAUGCAUUUUUCCCAUUGAUUUUCGAUGGUCUUGCAAAUUUAAAUAUAUUUUAUAGAAACCCUAAACAAAAAUAUGCUUUCUUUUAGUCAAUCAAUAGAGAAUCACGUCUUCUUUAUAUUUUAUACUUAAGGAAGGAGUAUAAUUAGGUUUUAAAAAAGUUUUCCAAUUGCCGAAUAAUUUGGAGCCUAAUCAUUCGUUGCAUUAGCGCUGAGUAAUUUCAUUCUGCAAGAUGCAUAGGUUCCGCGUAGAGAAAAUCAUAUAUUUUUCUAUGCCAUUAAAGAGAUAUCAUAAAGUUUAUAAAAUUUUGCAUUGGAUGUCGACUAUGUUGUACAUUUCAUGAGGAGCAGUGGAAAACGUCCAGGUAAGAUGCUAUGUGAAUGGACAUUUCGCGGUCUUAAAAAGUCUCAUAAUUAGAAACUUUUUUAAAACCUAAUUAUACUCCUUCUUUAAGCAUAAAAUAUAAAGAAGACGUGAUUGUCUAUUGAUUGACUAAAAGAAAGCAUAUUUUUGUUUAGGGUUUCUAUAAAAUAUAUUUAAAUUUGAAAGACCAUCGAAAAUCAAUGGGAAAAAUGCAUGCUACUUAAGUAGUCAUUUUUUACCGAGUACGCUUUCUACAGGAGAUUUAAAAGAAGUGCAUUUAAAAGCCCACAUCCUGCCGAGUCCGAAGUGUUAUAAGAGUAUGCCUUAAGAUAAUUCGUAUUACAACCGCGACCAAGUAAUCCUUCCUAAUCGAAAACGCAUUUCAGAAUUUCAGCCAACAUUUCAUGAGAUCGGUCACUCACUGUACUGUGGGAUCGAACAACCGAGCCAAAUGCCCAUACAGCCGCGGUCCAGGGAACCUUUGGGGGCGGCCAGCCUUGCUGAAUGGAGGUCCCUAGACAUCAGCAUUGGACCCGCGAGUAGCUAGUGUACAAAAAAGUGCUUUCUGACAGAACUCUUGGGACACCACUUGUCCGCUCACUGAAGACACGAGGCCGUGUGCCUGACUGACCGACAAGUUAGCGUUCGUUUUUGCGGACGCUUGAUAGUUCGGCCGUCGCAUCUGACGAUGUCCACCCUGUGCUCAACAGCAAGGUGAAGCAGGUACGGUGACUUACGAGAGUAUUAGUUUAUAAUGAUAGUGGACUUACGCCGCAUCUACCGCACUCUCUUCUCCUGGCAACGGUAUAGAGAAGGACCCUACUCAACUGUCAGUAGGCUGUGGAUCGUGCCAUACGGGAUUUAUGGUGGAGGGAUUUUUACGGGUGGGGCAGCACGUUAGACUGUACGCUGAAAAAAUGACAGAAAACACAGAACUUGCCUGGAUUUAUGCAGAAAGUCAUAUCCUACGCUAUUGUACGACAACCGGAAUGAAGGUAGUAAUUAAACACUAAACAAAUAGUAAAUUUCACAAAAUAAUGGGUUUUGAGUUAAGGUGUGAGGUCGUAGGAAGUAAUCGUUGUUGCAGUGUAAUUUUUGCGACAGCCUACAAAUGUAUGCCAAGAUAAAACCCCAUAUGACACGAUCCACAGUCUUCUGGCAGUUAAGUGGGGUCCCUCUCUAUACCGUUGCCCUUCUCCUCCCCACCUGGACCCAUUUUAGGGCAGAGUCAAGAAUGCCGGGGGUGGAGAGGGCGCAGGUGGAUGACACAGCCGAAGCCGCACCUUGGAGCUCCAUCCAACACCUCCUGGUCCACAACAAUCACUUAACCAGGAUUUUAACCGACAACGGGGAAAGCAAAGACGUGGAUGACAGGGCAGUCGUGCACACGACCUGUGUACCCAGCGGGAGCGUAAGCGAAUCUACCGCCAGAUAACGAGGUGUUGGAGAACUUGAAGCGCACACUAGGUUGCGAGGGCCAUGGUUUUCUGAUCAUGACACAGCAGACACAAACACUAGUGCCUAGAAGGGUGGCACAGAGACCAGCAUUUCCCUGGGCCAUCACCCCUCAAGGGCUAGGUAACUUACAUGUCAUCGACUGAAAGGCACUACCUAUUAAGUAACACACUGCUCACAUGCGUAAGAAUGCCACAGUCCACUUCAAGGAGUCGUUGCGGCCUGACUCUCAGUCCACCAGUCCGCUACUCCACACAAAAACGCACAACUGGGCAGACUGUGUGAACUGAACUGAGGCGUCAGUCGGCAGCCUUCUAAACCACGGUGCUGGUGCACCGUAAAUCUCACGCUCUGAUCGCACAUGCGGCAGAGCAGUCGCAUGGAGAAGAAGCCGACAAACACACUUCCCACGCAAGUGGGAUGUCGCAAUCGAAUUCUUGCAGUGGCGAUGUGUGAUUGGGGUGCUGGUGGGAGAUCUGUGAUGUAGCCGGCGGUUGUCUACUGCGGGUUUUCGUGAAUGCGCGUGUCACCUUAUAACCCCAUGCGGUGAGUGAAUGUACGGGGGCAGUGAUGGCAGUCGAGGCGGGCGCGAUGAGUGUAGUUUGGUGCUCCAGGAACUGAUUUGCCAGUCAUGGUGGGGCAGAUCCGCAAGAGGGCGACCAGCCCGAUGUGUGAGAUGAAUGUUAGAUCGUAAUGGGAACAGGUAUGUACCGAGCCCACAUCGCUGGAGGUGGGUGUGUUGGUGGUGAUGGUAGAAAGUGAGCGCACGUAGGACGUCGUUGGGAUACAUUUUUCCAACUUUGUACCACCAACGCGUUCAUGCGGCAUCGAUUUUCUAGACUACUACUUGAGGCCUCGUGACCACGCGUUGCCUUUCUUCGGACGCGAUUGGUUGAAGGACGUCCCAGGCAAACUGCACUUACUCGACUAACAAAUAUUACUGACAGAAUGUUAUUACCGACAAAGGCAAGGGAGACUGGAAUGGCCAUUUCUGGCUUAUUAGCCGUCGUCAGCCAGUCGUUCUCAACCCCGAAGUAUGGAACACCCGAGGCUCGAAUUAACAUGUCGCGAGUUCGAGCCUCGGGUGUUGCACACUUCGGGGUUGGGCAGGACUGGCUGACGACGGCUAAUAAGCCAGAAAUGGCCAUUCCAGUCUCCCUUGCCUUUGUCGGUAAUAACAUUCUGCCUAUAUCAUGCGCCGCUGUGCGGCUACUGGUUAGGCUCGAGAGAGAGCCCAUAAGGCACAACGGAACGAGUGAGUUCCGUAAGAAAGAUCGGCGAGCGCCCCCUAGCAUUAAAUAUUAUUGACUAAAAAAGCACAUAUAACGCGUCUGAAGCUAUCACGAUCCGCCGAAAUUCGUGAUUUCGUAGGUUACCAGCUGACAGACUGACACGAACUUCGGUUAGAACGACGGUUAAGUGACAGUGGCUCCUUCCUGCUGCGUCUGCGUCGCACUUGCCACUUCAGUAAAUCCAGGGCCCGCGUAUGGCAUGAGUUGGACAGCGACUGUGCUUUCCGUCAAUCACUGCAAACUUUGUGGAAAGGUCGACUGAUGGGCUGUAAGUUAGGCUCAAUGAUACCUUCCCAGUGUGGGGCGUCCAUGGAAGUCUCAAGCGCGCAAGAUUCGAUCCGAGUGCCCCCUCUGCGUGAAAACGUGGUGCAUCGUGCAGGGAGCUAGGUGGUGUGUGGCGCGCGCAGACGUCUGUCCGGCUUUGUCAGUCUCUGUGCCCAAUCCACCAAUCGGACAGUGAACUGGUACUUGGGAGAGGGAAGAGAAAGGGAAGUCAGCCUAGAUACUGCCUUCUCACAGCGUCAAGCACAUAACUCUCACUAUAGGCAAUCUGAUUCGCUUUUAAACCAUCACGGUGUUAUAAAUGCCGUGAUUUGUCAGACUGUCAACUGACUGGCUAACUCGAUCUCUCAGGAUGGAGAGCCAGUCUACGUUGGCUCCUUCUGAAUCUGGCACUCCCACUCAGUUGGGAUCCGAGCCGCCUCUCUUUGUUGUUUGCGUAAAAUCCUGGCCUAUCGAGCGCUGGACAGGCGUGUGUGUGGCACGCGUAGACGGAGUAUGUAUGAUUUUACCUCCAGUUUUCUCGACUCUUGAUAGCAGACUCAAGUGGGUUAGGGAGGGGAGAGUGCGAUAGGUGCAGAGCAAGUCUGUGCCGAAAAAGCGCAGUGGUCUUCGUCAGUAAUGACGGUUGAACCGUCAUGAGGACAUUCAAGUUCGAGUCACAAGUGUGCUUGCGACAUUGAAUCUGCGACUGUCGAACUCUAAACACUGUUUUCCGCCCGUCCCAGGUUUGAGUGACCGAAUGAGGACCUAACAAAACAGAAUCGGCUAUUGUCUUGGUCUUCCCUGCCCUGCCCUUCUACCUCGAUUUUGUAGAUAUUUACGAUACUGGAAUAAUAUAUAUCUUUAUAAAUGGAAUUUACAGAAGCCAGCAAAUGACUGAUACCCCCAACCAACCGCUGCUCCAGAAACACUGAACUACCAUCAGAAGUCAAUCAUCCUUGCUAGCCUCCCUUAACUUUUGUUUGCAAUUUAUGCCCCUGUAGAUGUGCAAACUAGGCAACCUUACCAGUUAUAGUCCGAUGGCCGAUCUUCUCCACGACGGCAUCUUCGGUAGCAAACUCAACGAGGUGGCCAUGGAUGCGGAUAAGAUAAUGGACAAGGUGAACGACUUCGCCUCCUGUGGUUUGCGCACCCUGGUAAUGGGUGCCCGUCGACUUACCGGCCAGGAAUGGCAACUGUUGAAGACCCAAUUGGAUGAGGCACGCGGCAGAAUUGAGGGACGCGAGGCAGCCCUUGUGGCAGCCUAUAAGGCCGUGGAGGACAAGCUUGUGCUGAUUGGCUGUACGGGUAUAGAGGACAAACUGCAGGAGGGAGUUCCAGAGACCCUGCGCGCCCUAACUGAAGCCGGCAUCCAGGUGAGCCCCCGUUUCGGCCACUCCCCCCCCCCCAUGGCCACCGCUCCUCUCCCUCUCAGGGGAGCGAUAAAAUGAUUCCGGCUAUCGUGGAAAGGGUGACCAUCCAAUCGGAUUACGCGAUUUGUCCGCCCCAUUACUAUAUUUGGUACUCAAUCUAGAGGCCUUACAGGCAGUCAUAAAGUGAUCCGUUUUAUUUGCGAAAGGAGUGCGGACAAAGAGAAGGGAAACUGAGAUGAUCAUUUCUGGCUCGCUGACGACGACGCCUGGGUUGGGAUCUCGAGUUGUCCAAACUUGAGAGUGGGUAUGGUUGGCUAAUAAAGCAACAAUAACCAUCCCAGUCCCCUUCGUCUUUGCCAGGAUUCCUCCCCGCAAAUGGAUCCGCCUGAGCUCUGAAAGCCACGAAGUGGAGCAUCAGAUAGAGAUGCUCGACUUGACAUUCCGGAGAGUUUGGCAGGCUCACCGUCCUCGAUGCGUUAAAUGAACAGAAAUUGAAAUAGGCAGAAGGAGAUGACCCACAAGGACAGUGGAGGUUAAAAUGGUCAUUUCUGGCUUAUUAGCCGUAGUUUUCCAGCCCUUCCUAGUCGCACGUUUGGAGGCAUCUGAGGCUUCAUCCCACAAGACUUUGGAUAUUACUGAAACUCUCUAACCAUUGGGCCAAGGGUCAGAAAUGGCCACUUCAGUAUCCCUUGUCUUUGCCCGCGGUCUCCCUCUGCAUACAUUAGAAGUCGCCGUACGAUUGCCUGCGGGGCUCUGGAUCGAGCUCCAGAGCACAAAACGGACAAGCGGGUCUCGUAACGCGAUCUCUGAACGCCCUCUGUCAUAGAUAAUAUGCUCGAUCGCACCCGACAAGACAAUGGAUCCGUGGCUUAGAUGUUCGAGCGUCGAACUUCUAAUAAUCGAAAGAACGUGAGAUGGAGUCUCAGGUGCUGCGAGCCUGGAUUAUACAUGGUUGGCUGAUGACGGCCAAUAAACCAGAAACGGCCGUUUUAGCCUCCCUCGUCUAUGUCAGCAAUCUCCGUCUGUUCCGUUUUAUAAGUCGUGUGCGACUGCCCGCAGAACGAGAGGAGUAGGUCCCUCUUUGGAUUCCAUACUGCGUGGGUCUACUUGGUGCCAGAUAAAUUUAAACCAAUAGCGAUCUAGUUCUUUCCAUGGCUGUCCAUCCUCGGGGGCUUUUCUUUGCUUAUUGGUGUUGACGGAGUUUGCGGAAAUUGGUUUUUUUACUUUCACACCACUUCACGACAAUUUAAACCUGGGCUGGUCGUCCGGUCCUGCAUAAAAUUUUUCAUCAUAACCCAACGCCAUUUCUAUUUGCGUCUAAGAAGCUCGCCCGUUGGAAUUAUUCACGAAAAAAAGGACUAUUUUAACACACAACAAAACCUGAUGUACGAUCCUGAGAACUGGGCAACCUGUUAAAAACACUUUCAGCGUUUUUGCCGAUAAUUUGACAAUGACAUGGAUAUGUACUAAAUUAACUUUUAACUGUACAUUCUUGUCGGCGCUCCAGAGCUCCCCGUAGGGUCUUUUUCUGGCAGUCCUCUAUCUUAUCCCUAUGCUACACGGCAUGUUAGAACAAGCUGUCAGGCUUUGGUUAGGCUCAAGAUACCGCUGAUGAUACCCUCACCGGCUACACCAUCUUUGUAGCCAAAAACAAAACUCUAGGAUCAUAAAAACGAUGAGAAUUGCAGUUUUGCUUACUUCGCACCGAGGUGGCAUUUUAUGUAAACCGUGUUGCGUCUGUUCCUCUGUGUUAUUCUUAUCUAGGAUUUAUGUCCGAGCCACUUCAGUUGCCCAAACAGAGCACAUGCCAGAGUGUAUGAUCGUCUCCCUGUCGUUAAUGUUGGCUUUGUGGUGAAUUCGCCGUCCUAAAUGUCUUUACUGAAGAGACUGUGACACUCGGACUCCUACACGUCACCUCAAACCUGCCAUAAACCUCUCUUACUGAUCACCGCUUUUGGAGUUUGCGGACACUUAUAUUUGCAAAAGAGUAAAAUAAUCCUUUAAUGGCUUCUAUAAAUUACUAACGACUCGCUGAUGAGUGCGCUCGAAGGUGGCGCUCAAAAGGAGGUUUAACCAAAUGGAGACGGGCUGCCCGCGCAGACAUGGUUGGACUAAUAAAUCCGCGUUUUUUAAUCACCUGCCAAAGAGGGAAAAUAAUUCAGGAGGAUUGGUGGGACUUAACCAGCGAACGGGCAUUUUCUUCAAAAGUCACCUUCGGACUGGAAGCUGGAAAUACCCCCUGGGAGGAUGGUGAAAAGCCAAGACACAAUAACAUUCUCCUUCUUUGAGCGUUUAUGCUUGCAUUUGGCAGAUUCGGGCAAAGCAAACUUGCUCAAGCCAGUGCAUAGUAAAUAUUUUCCGUAAUGAAAAAAGUUCAUAAUGAGCGGCCACGGAUCAGGGCCAUUAUUUACGCAGCUGGCGUUUCUUACUCAUUUUUAUCAUGAAUCCUACUGAGAUUUCCCAAAAGCCAGCUAGUCUUGCGCGUCUGUCAGUAUAAAUACUCACUGGGUGAAUUGUUCACAUAUCUGCGCCAUCAGUUUAUUCCUACUUUGCCAACAGGCUUUUAAUAGGCUGCGUGAAACGUCGCUUUGCAGCGGCAGGUAAGUUCAGCCUUUGUUUUCAAGCACGAGUAUGUCAGUUAGGGGUUUUUGCAUUCUUCUACUUGCUGGAGUGCGAUCAGCGACUAGUUUUACAUGAUUAUUUUGCUUGUAAAAAGUACUAUUUUUGCCGAUCUUCUUUAUAGGUCUGGAUUUUGACGGGUGACAAGGAAGAAACGGCCGUUAACAUCAGCUAUUCCGCAGGACACUUCGCGGCCGGCCUUCCCAUUAUUAGGCUCACGAAACAGUCGAAUCUGAGGGGCUGCUUGCAGACAAUUGAGGCCCAGUACGAUGGCGCCGUAGAGACACGCAAAGUUGACCCUAACUACAAAUUCGGUUUGGUUGUGGAUGGAGCCUCGCUCAAUUACGCCCUAACUGUAAGCAUUUUCCUACUAACUUCACUUCCCUUGUUAUCCCCCCCUUACCGGGGAUGUCUGAAGUCUGUCCCAUCGGUAUUGGCCAUUACGUCUACAUUGUCUUAAAACCAGUCUGACAUUUGGAAAACUGUUGACGAAAAGACUACGCAUUGGUAGGGGGCGCUCACCGAUCGUUCUUACGGAACUCACUCGUUCCGCUGUGACUUAUGGACUCUCUCUCUCGAGCCCAACCAGCAGCCGCACAGCGGCGCACACAGCGGGAACGAUCGGUGAGCGCCCCCUACCAUUGUAUAUUCCCGAUCGAAAACCGACAGGGCAACGGGCUCAUGGCCCAUUGGUUAGAGGCCUGGACUUCUAACAAACAGGUCGCGAGUUCGAGCCUCGGGUAUGCCACACUUCGAGGUUGGGUUUGACUGGCUGACGACGACUUAUAAGAAAGAAAUGGCCAUUCCAGACUACGCAUAUCAGAAUGCUAAUUUCUAGCCUGGCAGUCAGUGUCAUUCCCGUCCCAGCUACUGAUGCGCACAAAACCUGAAGUCCACUUUAGUGGGUCAUGGAAGUAUAAGACUCAGAGGUCUGUUCCUACACUGCGCGACACUGUAGAUGCGCCUGACCAGGACGGACGUCAGAUUGACUCACUGGACGCGUUAAUCAGGACCGCGCAGACUACCCACUAGCCCACAAAUACUGCCGUAUAUAGGAGACACACGUAGGCCUUCACGCCGCGUUAGCCAUUGAGCCCAAUCCCAUCACCGGUUGGUUGGCAUGCUCGAAGAGCCGACUGGUACGUGGGAGAUGGAGGAGAGUAAAGGCCGACGCCCCAGCAAGUCAGCCCAUUCCUGGCUGUACUGAAUCGGAUGCGUUUUAAUAUAUCACGCCGUGCUAAACUUCAUGGCUUGGAAGGUCGUCAACUGACGGAACAGGAUAGGGAGUCAGGCUGCAGCGGCAUUUUUGGCAUUGUCGUCGAUGCAAGAACCGAACUGCCCUUGUGAAAGCCUGAUAUAUGCUCUAAAUAUCGGGUCCGUGUAGUGCGCGCGUAGACGGACUGUUCAGCCUUGCCGGGCAAUGCGUGCGUGUCCACUACGUGCCAUCUUAACACAGUUUCGCAAUUGGAGCCAGGUGACUGAGGCCAGAGUAGGUGAAGGAAGAUAAAACUAGUAAAUUUAUUCACGCGCAAGUCACGUUGUUAUGUUUGUUCUCUGGGCAUGGGAUGGAUUUAGUUGCCUCAUACUGGAAAGAAGCUGGGUGUGGCUUUUCAGAUGGAUUUCUUUUUGGGACGAGGGCUUUUCAUGCAUGUGACCGUGUUUAUGUCAGUUUUGUAUUUCGAAAAAAUGUAGUAUAGAGCCUAGUGUCAGCUGUUUGCAGCUCCUUACAUGGUAAACUUAGGAUUCUAGAAGUAUUUCGGCAUAUUUGAGAAGGAGGAUGAUAGCCAACACCUCUGAACGCUCAUACAAGUUAUUCUUUGCAGUUUGUAGCACUCAGCUUAAAUGUUUGCGCAAGCAGCCUUCCUGCGCCCGGCAAUCUGUUUACCACAGAUCUUUCCCCCAUGCUCGCUGAAUACCUUCACACAAAACUGUACAUCAUAUUUUACAACUGCAUCCUCGUCAGAAACUGCGUGGAAAACGCUGGCAGCAUGCUGGCCUGCCGAUCCACCAAAAGUCAGCAAAAUACUUGCGCAAAAUUUCACUGAUCCCCCCCCCCCUUCCCCGUUAGAGCACGUCAAAACUAUGCUCAUUUGCCAUUCUGCUUGCUACUACCGGCUUUUAGAUGGGAAUGCUAGGUUUGCCGAUACAAGCGAAGAUGCGAGUUACAGGAACUAGUUGAUCAGAAGAAGAAGCGAUCACUGGAACAAUGGCUUUAUUCGCCUGACGUUUCGGAUUCUCUCUUUAAUCUCUUGAUGAUGGAUUCAAGAGAGAAUCCGAAACGUCAGGCGAAUAAAGCCAUUGUUCCAGCGAUCGCUUCUUCUCCUCCUUCUGAUCAAUGCUAGGUUUCCACUAGCACUGUUAGCGUGACGAGGUUUGGUUCUGCAGCCCUACUUGAUUGACACCAUAUGGUUAGUUUACUAAAACAACAUCAGUUAACAUAUGUACCUAACUUAGCAACUCACUGGAUUAGGAAGGAACAGAGCGCACAAGCUGAAGAGGAACUAACGGAGUUCCAAUGCAUCCGUAAAAUUCUAUUAGCAAGUCUGCUUAGACACUUGCUGGAUAAGGAUAAUGUGAUGUAAACGAGGGUGGCGUAUAAGGACUCCUCCACCGUGGCACAGUCACUCGCUGGAUUAAAAUGGUAGGUAAGAUGCAGAGACGGACUAUUUAUAAAGUCGGCGUAUUCAGGCCUACCAAAAUGUUUUUAAAAAACUAGCCGCAUGGUAUCACUCAGAUGGGGCUUCAGGACCAAACUCCGCCCUUUUAGCGUGCGAGCAAAAUAGCUACGUCACUGUACCGGCGUGCAAUCUCAAAUGUCAUCCGUCAAAAACCGUAUUCUUUAUGCUCCUGGCAAAUUUUGACGGAAUUUUAAAUUGCAAGUAACAUCCUUUUUGUGCUUUGCCCAGCCUUAAUGCACGUAUGAGCAUGAGCAGUUUUCAUCCUCUGUAGUGUUAUUUUGUUAAAAUUAGUCCUAUGCAUUCACUUGCUUGUCCAGACUCCAGAGGCCUAUCCUCAGUCGUGGCAGUCACUUCCGUUUUGACCUUGCCUGCGUACAGUUGCGUGUGAAUGCAUAUAAAGUGGACAUCUGGGCGUGCGACCGACGUUGGUGUUUUGAUUGCAGUUUGUGGACGAUCUCUCAAGGUCGUUCGCAGUCAGGAGCCACGCCUGUGUAUUUCUACUUCCAUUCCCCAAUCGGAGAAGUCCUUCCCAUUCUGAAGCACCUAGAAAGCUUCAUAAUUGGAGACCUCGCUCUCCACAGAAGACGUUGAAAAAAAAGCCUACGCACUGAAAAAUUUUGAAAAUUAAAGUAAUUCAAUUAACGUUGGCAGUUCUGGAGAACAGACUCCAGGCAUAUGCGGGUACUGGUGGAUACAUUGAAGGAAUCAGUACCUUGGAUCUCAACGAACUCGUACACGUUCGUCUACAGUUCCAGGCCGUGGCCUGGGUUAUGCGUGAUGAAGAAGGGUACGUCGCAACAGUUAAAAGGCACAGCAGUUUGGACUGUGAUGCCAACGUUUACAUUGCUAACAGACAAGAAUCCUAAACCACGAGGAAGUCUCAUAUGAACCGGAACCCCCAGGACGCAAAUUAGAAAGAUAGACUUCGUUGGCCUUUUGAAGAACUUACGGUAUCUUUCAUGCCAAAAACGAUUACAUGCCAAACGGUUCGGAAUUAGACUUGUUCACAUGGUCAGUAGUAAUGCUCGUGGACAAAAAUGAUCUUCCGCCUGCUGAACUCACCAUGUUUGCGGGUUCUGCUCAUUGGCGAUAUGAACGCCUGCUCCUUUUGGGAAAGGGUACCCAGCCUCUAUUUUUGAGGACUUUGAAAAUAGAGGUACUCCCUGCUGUGCUUACUUUCCUCUGUGCUAUCGUCUACGGAAACGCCUGGGAUCAGGAUAUUUUCCACUUCAGCCCUAGGCAUGCAUUCCGAAGCCCCCCUUAUUAACGGCCACGUAGGGCGCAGUAACCGUAGCCCAACCAUCGGCUCGAAAGACCUGGGGAUCAAGCUUAGUCUGCAGGCAUCGGAGACACCCUAGUCGCCUUCGGUAGGACAUUUCGUGGUAGGUCACAGUCAUAAGCCCCUCAUUCAUAUUUCAUGUGCCUGUGCGCUAAAUUUAAGGGGGUGAUCAGGAUUAGGGUUAAAAUUGUUGUUAAGGUUAUGGCCGGGGUUGGGAUUGGGAUUGGGGCAAGGGUUAGGACACUGAAGUAGGGCAGGACAAUUACUAAUAUGAAGGAUAAUAAUACCAAUGUCCAACCCCUUUCAAUUGCAACUACUCACUACCAUGCGGCGGUCGGAAAAAAUCCUGAACCGUAGCUCUACAUAACAGAAUCACACCCUGUUCCUUUCAUUGCAAUCAGGGCAAAUCUGUAAGCACCAUCUUCACCUGGUUCUGAACGUUUCCGCUCACAACAUGCUGAGCGUGAACUCACUGAUGAAAUGGAACGACGUUUGACUCAAGUAUUUUAGGAACGAAAUAUCCGAGUUCACGUCUGAAGUCACCUGGUCGGGACUGGUGAUAUGGCUGUCUGAAGCCAAAAAAUUGGUUAGAAACUAGGCAGGCAAAGUUAAGAAUUCCAGCGUGAUAAUUCGAGAUGGAGGGCACGCUCAAAGCGAGUGAUUUAUUGCAAUACCGAAAGUUUUGAACGCCUAGUAGGUUCACCACCGUCGAAACGUCAAAUGCGCAAAAGAAAACAGCAAUUCCAGUGACUUGAAGAGCUAGUCCACCUUGAACGUAUGGAUAUUUCUUCUACCCUGUGUUGAGGGAAUGACUGAAAACGCAAGUAGUUGUCAAACCCUUCACACAUUUUCCAAAUAAUUGAAAGGGUGGAGAAGAAAAUAUAUCAGCUCGAUACCGACUACCACGGUAGGACAUUUUUAUUUUACUUUGGCAAACGUGAGCCCCAGAGAGUCCGCAUUAUAACAAGUAGGCUUUGUCGAGCCAUUCCGUUCCGUCAAAUGUUUCAUCCAAUGGCACGUUUGUAAACAGGCUUUGGUUUUUAUGUUCUUUAACGAAAAUACCUCCCCUGCUACGGUCCACGUGGUGGGGUUGCGCCGGACAAGGGGGUAAGGUCGGAGUCCGACACGCGUUAUUGGGCUGUGCACCACAGCAAAUGCCAACAUUGGGGCCGUGGUGGUACGCCUGGACACAGACUCUGGCCGCGCCGGUCACCUGCGCCCGAUCCGGCCUCCGGGCGAAGUCGAGGGAGUGCGGUAGACGCAGCGGAAGUCUCCUGUCAACUUUGACUAACUCGCGCGCAAGUCCCCGUCCCUGCGUCCUUUAGGCUAUAAGACGCGAUGUAGGCAUCGUCGACAGUUUUAACUGUUAUGUUCUGCUUCAUUUCUUAGAUGUCCCUCUAAAGGGGAGUACUGACGUUAGCGUCCGACGGAGCGUCUAUCGGAAGAAAACCUGGUCUGGACAAUACAAAAACUUCGCCAGUUUCGUAUUCCUCCAGCAAAAACUACAUAUAGUCCGGCGUUUGGCACAAAAAGCUAAAAAUUUUGUGCAACGGAUAGCAUUAAGGAGGAGCUUAGGAAAAUCCAGGAGAUCCUUCGCCAAAAUGGGUAUCCUGACAGGUUCAUUGCGAAGAACAUUGCCGAACGACCCCCAACACCCACAACACUGAUUGUCGAGAAGAAAACUUUGCUUCUCAAAGUUCUUCUUUUAGGUGACGCUGCGAAUGAACUCCUAAGAAGACGCCCAGAUCAAGCUGUCUCGUGAACUUUUCCACCAGCAAGGGUUCAUAUUUAAUUCUCCACAAACUCUAUUUUACGUCGUAGGAGUCGGCGACUAUCCAAAAGUAUACGAGAACACCUCACGACUUGGCUAGGAAAAGGCUAAACUAAGAGCAUAAGGAGUGGCAUUCUUGCGCGUGUUGUUGAUUUCGGACAUCGAGUGGAUCCCGGCGAAGCUUUUCGUGUGAUUUAUAAGGUCCCCUCCUGCUAUCCUAAGCUACUGGGUCAGCGCUUGUUGGUAAAAGCAGAAGUGGCCGCCACCAAGUUACGAAAACCGACCCUAUGCGACCGGAAGAACCUCAUUCAGGCUCCGCGCUUACCGUGGUCAAAUUUUGACUAACCACCUGCAACAUUCCGCGACCUUCCGCUCUCACCCAACCUGUGAUUAAAAAAUAACUUUUAUCGAUUUUUCAAUCAAUGACAUGUUUGACUAUGUCCCGUUCUCAUAUAAUUGUACUGGCUUGAAGAGAAUCUAUCGAAAACAGCGUAUGCUCGCCAACUCCUCUUCUAAAUUUUGAAUCGUGUUUCGGGAAGGGUAAUUCUUUUAAGACCUCUUUAUGUUGUAUGAGUUUUAGAAAACCGUUGACAUUCAUUAUUCCUCCAGCCCGCGCUAGCGUCUUUUUGGGGACAUAAUUCACUUUGACCCAUUUCACUCCUCACAGUCAAACUGUGUGCUUCCCUAGUCGACUUUCUUAUAUUACGGCUUUUCUCUCAGCUGUCUACGGUCCAGAUGGUCAAAAGAGUAGACUGCUACAACUCCAUAUGUUGUUGGUAUAAGCGUUCCCUUACCUGUUUUCCCUAACGUGCAGACCAUCGCCCGGAAACAAUUCCUGAAACUCUGUCAACUCAGCGAAAAUGUCCUCUGCUGUCGUCUGACGCCCAUGCAAAAAGCCGAGGUCGUUAAACUGAUGAAGGGGAGUGCGGACCCGAGACCCGUAUGUGCAGCCAUUGGUGACGGCGGCAACGAUGUCUCCAUGAUCCUGGAGGCGGACGUGGGUUUCGGUCUGAUGGGCAAGGAGGGUAGACAGGCUGCUCGCUCAGCCGACUACUCCUUUACCCGCUUCCGUUUUGUGAAGCGAGCUCUCCUCUUUCAUGGCUACCAUUACUACGUGCGCACAGCCAACUUGGUGCAGUACUUCUUCUACAAAAACCUCGUCUUCGUGCUCACCCAGAUGCUCUUCGGAAUUUUCUCGCUUUUCUCCAUGCAGAGCGUGUACAAUAACAUCUACCUGCUCAUCUACAACAUCACGAUGACCAGCUUCCCGGUUAUGUUCUACGGCUUGUUUGAACAGCGACUGCCCCAGCAUCUGCUGAUGAGUAAGCCGGAGAUCUACAAGACUAUCAGCGGAAACACCCUCCUCAGUUGGCCCAACUUCUUCACCUGGCUGGCUUUUGCUACCUGGCACGGACUGGCCAUAUUCUUUGGCAUCUACUUCCUUGCUGAUGCUGGCGCCUCCAAUGGCGGCAAUUUUGGUAGUGCUGUGGGCACCCUGGAUGGGUUUGGCUCCUACAUGAUGAACGUGGUAUUCAUUACGGUGACUCUGAAGCUGUUCUUAGCCAGCUAUCAUUGGAAUGUUUUUCUCCUCGCCUCCACUGGUGGAACCCUUAUACUAAACUACCUCAUCUUUAUUCUUACUAAUUUUGUCGUCUUGCCCGUCGAUGGUGGCUUUCAACUGUAUUAUCUGUGGUCCGCGCUAAGUUCUGGUCCUUCUGCGGGCAUUCUCUACCUCGGUAUGAUCAUGCUUAUAAGUCUGUCCCUCUCGCCCGACAUUCUCUACCGUGGUUUCACAGACUCGGGGGAGCUUCUGAAAUCCGCUCUGUCAAAAGGCAAGGCGGCAUCCGUUGCUCCCGCAUCUUCUACCUCAUCUCCCCGUCCACGGACGCCGGGAAGCAAGGGGGGUGAUGCGUUGCCGAUGGGCAAUAAUGCCAACUACGGGAGUAUAGUAAGUCGGCUUUCAAUUUUUUUAUGUUUUAUCCCGUGGUUCCGAGAGAAAAUGAUUUAUUUGUGAGAAUGUUAGACAGGAGUUGUCUGAUUCUACAAAAAGGAGAUUUGACUCUUAAGAGGACAAGACAAUAUGCUCGGUACAAAUCAGUGUACUGAUUUUUGCUGGUUUCACUCUAAUGCAUCUUUCUUCAUCUGACAGACAAUGCAAAACUCUGCCUUCUUCUGGUUGCCAUCUUCAAAAAAUGUCUAAGUGUAAGCGCUCCACACAGCUAAAUUUCCGAUAAUUUUCGAGUGAGAUCGGGCUCCCUGUCUGACAGUGGUAACCGUGAUUACUAAAAUUCUAUCCGGUCUUUCGUAAUUAUUGUCUUCCUUAGCCACGGCAUGUGGAUCAGCGUUCUCUUCCACCGAUCUUCACACCUUGGCGCAGGUGUGCUAACUGCUAAGACAACGAUAGUUCUAUUUUAAUAAUAUGGACUGCUUCAAGUGAAAAUAUAUAUACACGAGCGACUCAUUAGGAGGGCAACAGGUCAGACGCAGAUAGCUGUUUCACGGUCGUUACCGAGUUAGAUCCUAACCGCAACAGUGAGCGUCAAACGCUUACUUGACAUAUUUAUAUACCUCACUUCAUAUGACCUAUAACAUACUGGUGCUUGGUAAGGACCGUGAUACAGCCACCUACGUGUGGCCUGUCGCAAUAGUCGUGAGCUGUUGAUGUAUUAUAUGUGGUAUGUGUCCUAUGACACAACGCACGUUGUCGUCAGUAGCAAGCUGGCGGGCGGAACAGAAUGAGAUCGAGUGAGAUCCUAUACACAACAAUGAGGGUUAAACGCCUACUUUAUGUAUAUAUAUGUGUAUACCACCUCUGAUCUACAUAUAUAUACACUGUAGAUGCGCUAACUCACGAAAUGAUAACCGGAAUUCUGAGAUAUUUCCGAAUGGAACAGGUUACUUAAGCGUGGUUGUAAUAUUAAUUACCGUGCAACAUAAUGCUAUAAUAAUUUACUUCCAUAAGGAUGCCGGCUUUUGAAUGAAUUUUUUGCAGCCGCUUGCAAAAAUGACUACUUGGUUAGCAUGAAUUUUUACAUUGAUUUUUGAUGCAAUGUUAAAUUAGAAUACAUGUCAUAGGAGGCAUGCAUGAAACUAUUCAUUCUUUUCUCACUUGGUAGAAAAUUACGUCUUAUCUAAAGUUUAUAUUUAAAGGAAGGGUUAUAAUACGAUUUUAGAGAACGUUUUCCAUUCCCGAAUAAUUUUGAACCUGAGCAGCGGUUACGCUUGCAUUUGAGCUUUCCAAACUCCGAGUUGUAUAUUUUCUGUGUAAGGAAAGCCAUACAUUUCUCUACGUGAUAUAGAGCAGUCCAUAUGGGGUUCAUGCAAUUUAGGACUGGAUUUGAGCCAUAUUUUAAAUUUUAAAAGGACCAUUAGUAAACUCAGAGACACGAGAAUUUAUGAACGGCAAUUCCGCGGUCUUAAAAAAUUCCGUAAUAAGAAUAAAUUGUAUAAACACCCGACCUACGGCGACAGAGAAUGACGGGUGGCGAGGUAUUGAUGAACUUAAGUUCGAUGAAGUGUUUAUGACCCAUCUGGUGGACCCCAAUGAUGGAAAAACUGCGUCAGGUGUGCCUGUGCGCAUGUUUGCGUUUCUGGUUUCAACUGCUGGUCAGGGCUAUGAUUGGCUGAAUGAAAGCAAAAUAAACCCGAUCGGUACUGUAUUAAUCAACCCACAUUCUCUGUCGUCCCUCCUCGCUGCUAUUAUGACUUGGCCGACUUCAGCCUGGUAGGCGGUUGCCUGUUCGUGGCCUUUGCCACCCAUACGCAGUUUGCUUGCUUCUGGACGCCAACAGAUCAAUGUGUGCCCAUUCCUGAUUGAAUAUAUAUAUAAAUUGAAAAACAGGCAUCCCAAGAGAUAUGAUUAGAAAUAUGGAAUUAUUUUGAAAACAGUAAACUUUAUUGUAUGAAUCUUCGAGACUAGUUCCCCAGCUCGUCUUCAGGCAAGGGGUGUACAAAAACAAUUAGCUUCUAGACCGAGUCUGACAAAGGAUUCUAUGAUUGGUUAAAGUCAUCUUCUCAGGAUUCGUUGAGUCAGUUUGAAUCUGUCCUUAACGAUCUUGUGUGGCAUUUAUAUCGAUAUGCCGGUUGAUGUAUCCCUCAUCUGAGUGCAUUGCCUCAAGGAAUUUGCGGUCCUUCCUUACUGGCAGGCGCCAACAAUGCGAGUGUUUUCUCAUGAAAAUUUGCUCCCAGUGUCCAGUUUUUACAUGGCCACCUGAGAUAUAUGGUCGCAUCUAUUUACCGCUAACUGAUGUUCAUGUUUACGGGUUGGGACAGAUUCCCCAGUUUGGCCACAAUUGACGGCGUCGCAACUAGAACAUGGGAUUUUGUAGACAACACCUUUUCUUUUGGGGUAGCCAACCCUGUCCUUAGGGUGUACAAGCUGGGUGCGUAAGGUAGUUGCCGACUGGUGCGUUACGUGUAUCUGGUACUUUUUUAAUUGUCUUUCGACGAAUUCAGGUAGAUUUUUCGCGUAUGAGAGAGUUUGCCAGGUAAUUGGUUUUGGUGCCUUAGCGGUCAUAGCAUUGGUGCCUCGUGCAUUGACGUAUAAAGUCAUGUUGGUACCCAUUUUGGGAGAACUGUUUGUAAAAGCAUUUCAUUUCUGCUCGAUAACUUGUUUCGUCAUAGCAGUGAGUAUUGGCUCGAUUCAGAAGACUGUGGGCUGUAUUUGGUUUGUGAGAGACAGGGUGGUUACGCUCAACGUGUAGGGUGACCUCUGAUCCUAGAUACAAGUACAGAUCAGCUUGAACCUAGGAUCGGUCGUAAAAACGAUGUUGUGCUAAGCAAGCGGUGUGUCCCUCAACCCGUCCACCUCAAACCUCGCUAUUCCUCUCUCAUAUCCCACCGCUCUUCCACAUUUCGUCCUUUAGAAUGUUUCCAGACCUGGUAAGUAGAGUGGUGUGCACCUCGUCAAAUUAUUAGGAAAAUGGUUCUUGCAUUUCAUUUCCGAUCCUGGCCGUCCGUAACGCCAUCGUCACGGAAUUGAAUUUUCCGAAUUAUUUUUCCUGUAUCUUCAGAAGCCUACUCCAUGUCUCCCACUGAGGUCAUUAAGUUAUUAUCCACAGCUAUGCCGUAAUCAUGGUAGGUAAAGUUUUACAACGUAUUCACGAGCAAAGUUUGUAUAGUAUCUUGAACCCCCUGGAUCCUACCUACUAAUAUGGUAAGAUUCUGAGGAACAUUCAGUUGACUUCCAUGUUGAUAAUGGAGCAUAACUGACAGAAUGUUUCUUUGACAGAACGAUAUUCGCACAAUCCAAUUACCUUUACGCUGCUUCCGCUCUUUAUAAGUCUUCCUUAAAAUGUCUGUUAUUUAUUAUCCUAAGCCGACAUCAGAUGAUGUAUGAGUCCUCUUUAAGGUCUCCUCUUCAUUUAUUUAAAGAGAAUCCUCUCAAGCAAUGACUCUUUGAAUGCUGUUGGCCUCGCUAACCAUAAUCGGAGUUUGCCGCAUUGCAGUGGAUUCUGUGCUCAUGUAACUUAAUAACUGCAUGAUCCACUUGUGUGUGUGAACAAGUAAACAGGGUUUUAAAGCUGUAUUUUGUGUGAGGGAAGCGUAGUAUUUUAAAGUCUGCCAGGUCCUCUCUACUUGUCCGCUGGUGUUUCUUCCACGAACUUCUGCUGCCAUUUAAAUUUUUCAGAUGAUUUGCGGGUUGAACUACCGACCCUCGUUUUAGUAGCAAUUGACUUCAUUUAAGCGCCGAAAACCCUAAAGACAGGUUGUUUGAUUCAACAGAGCCCUCGUGAAUCCUACACAAUGCUCCUGCGUGGAAACUCAUAUAGUGCCUAGGUCGAAGUACGAUGUGCCUACCGGCUGACUAAUCCUUCAACUUCUUUUGCGUAAGUAACUGUUGAGCGAAAUGGCCUCGGCUAACCACCGAAUAACUUUGAACGGUUGACUGGUCUUUAAUCAGUCAGCCUUUGGAUGCCUCAUUUGUUUCGCAUCUUACUUGUAACAACCUCUCUCUCUCUAAUCGCAAAUUUUGGGCUAUCACUCAUUAGAAUCGCUUACAUCUGGUGAUAUGUCCGCCUGAACGCAGCGGGCAAUAACUACUAGCAUGUAGUAAUUAAUAGAGCAUGGAAGUAGUGUGUGUUUCUGAUCAGUGGUGGUACGCCUAGGUGCAGGUUUUCGCCAUGUCAGCCACCUGCGCCCUUUCCCGCCUCCGGCCAUCUUGACUCUGUCUUGACAUCGGGCCCAUGCGGGAAGUACGAGGGGGUGUGGUAGAUGCUACGCAAGUUUGGUAUCAUUAUAAACUAACUUACACGCCAGUAUCUAUCUCUGCUCUCAUCCUGUUGUGGGGCAUACGGUGGACAUCGCAGGAAUCAACGGCCAAACUGUCGUGUGUGUGUGUGUGUGUUUGUGCGGUCUAUAUUUUCAGUUUCUAUCCCCGCCAUUCGGUCGCCAUACGACAUUUGCACGGACAAACACAUGAGCGUGUUCCUACUUAACUCUGCCUUCCAGCAAGUAGGAAAUAAUAGGUUUGAACAAAUGUAGCCUAGUCAACUAUGUUUCAUGCUCCCUAAGUAAAUCACACUGUGAAAAAAAAACUCCUCACCAUCCACGUAUGCGGCAAAACCCAGAACCUAUUCAUCACCUAUUACGAACGUUACUUACGAAGGAUCUUUGCAAUAUGGCACAAAUUUGUGAGGUAGAUAGAAUUCUGCGCCCUUUUCUCGCUAUCCGCGGCCACAAAUUCAGAACAUUUCUCAUUUGUGACUGUCGUCAACGCCCUUCCGGAAUAGAAGUGAGAUAUAUAUUUAUAUAUGUUCCUCCCAACGUAUUCUGUCUCAUGUAAUAGGUGAGUAUCUCAAAAUUAUUUCGAUUUCUUGCAACUUCGGCAAAUUCUUUAUUAUUCUUCCGGCAGAGGAGUCUGUAAAAGUGGCCGUAAAAAAGUUCCCAAGAGCUUGCAUAAAUAACUUACCUAAAGCUGCAUAUCUAACCGCUAAUGUUUCUUUCUCGCUUCACUGGUCAACGUGCGCAUAUAGUGGCCAAUCAGCAAGCGCGCUAAUCUGUACUCAUAUCCUUCCUUUGCUUCAGAAUACCGGUUUCGACGUUGGUCUAGAGGCCUUUCCGCCGUUACCGGGCGUCUCUUCCGCCAACCGCAGAACCCCUCUUCCCUACAAUAUUUCUGAUUACUUGAACGGUGCUGUGCUCACUGAAGCGAGUUUCCCUCAGCCGCUGGUCUUACACGGUCCGCCACCUCCCUGCCUCCGGCUGUUUAAUCCGGACUGUGUCGUAAAUGCUGACUUCGCAUCCCAACCAGAGCCAUACAUGAAGGCUUCCAGCCCAGCCGAGGCGGGCUGGUCACAAAGUGGGCCUUCUUUACCCGUCCCGCGUCCACUGAGGUCCUACGAGUACCGAACCGGCAGCCCAAUCUCGUUCUUGGAGACUGUAAAGACAAAUUGA